GGACUAAUCUUAAAAUCUUCAAAACAAAUUUGUCUUCAAUUUAAGACAUCACUCACCUCUCUGUGACUUUUCCUUUCAGAGUUAUGACCAAAACAAAAUGAGCAAAAACGUAACGGUGUUACACUCUGCCGCUAGCGUUACGUAGACAAGGCGAAAUACGUUUCUCUUGUGUUCAGUAUUGUAGAAUAUAAAUGACAAGUCAAUAUAGCUAGUCUUUUCACAAGUACAUUGGUCUCGGUACUUGUACUUAAGUGCAAUUCUCGAUUUUCUGAGUUUCGAUUGAUUCUCCGUUCUGAUACAUUGUUUGGCUAACCAUUAUAUGUAAGAAACAUAGAUACAUUGGAUGUACAUUCACGAGUAACUGCACAGCAGCAUUAUUAAAAGAAAAAAUAAAGUUCAUACGUGCGUAUCUCUUCACAUUCUACCUCGCCAGACAGAAUAUUUUUGUAUAUGAACUUAUCUUGCAACAAACAGAAAGACAUGUCAUUAUUUUGUUAAUUUCUUCUGUGUAUUGAGCAUUACUCACACACAAUUAAAUUAUUUCCACGAUAAUCAAUUUAUACUAUAGAAUAUUUCUUUUUUUAUAUGUUUUGGAGGAAUAUUCUAUUAUCGUGCUUUAAUAACAAACAAAACGAUGCAGGUGAUCGAAUGAGUUAUUGAUGAAUGAAAAGUAAUUAAUAUAAACUACUUUUUUUUUAAAGAUUCGCAAUAAUUCAAAUAAUACAACUAGUUCGUAUCAUCAGUGUUCUUGUUAACCAAUACAAACAAACAAUUUAUCAUAUGCAUCAGCUGGUGUUACUUAUCCUUCGUUCAAUAACCAUCAAUAUUUACAUGCACCACGCUCAUCUUCACGUCGUCGAUCAACAUCAACGAAUACCAGUAAAUAUGAUAUGAAUAACUUCACUAAACACAAUAAUCAUGCAUCAUCAUCGUAUCGAAAAAUUUAUGGACAGUCAUCGCGUAAUAGUAAUGGUGUUAUAGUAUCAUAUCGGCCAGAAAAUGAAAUUUAG